AUGGCGCUCCGUCGCGUCCUGCCCCCCCGCCGCGUCUGGACGGCCGCCGCUGCCCAUCGUCGCUCGAUGGCCACUGUGGCCCACGAGAUGACAGUGCGCGACGCGCUGAACACAGCGCUGGACGAAGAGCUCGCGCGCGACGGCGCAGUGUUUCUCAUGGGCGAAGAAGUGGCCGAGUACAACGGCGCGUACAAAGUGUCGAAGGGCCUCUGGGAGAAGUACGGCGACCAGCGCGUGAUCGACACGCCCAUCACGGAACAGGGCUUCACGGGACUGGCCGUGGGCGCGGCCUACCACGGCACGAAGCCCAUUGUCGAGUUCAUGACGUUCAACUUUGCCAUGCAGGCCAUUGACCAGAUCAUCAACUCGGCCGCCAAGCAGUUUUACAUGUCGAACGGCGACAUUAGUGUGCCCAUUGUGUUUCGAGGCUCGAACGGACCGGCGGCGGGAGUCGCUGCGCAGCACUCGCAGUGCUAUGCGGCGUGGUACGGCAGCGUGCCCGGUCUCAAGGUCGUCUGUCCGUACGACUCGGAGGACGCUCGCGGCUUGCUCAAGGCCGCUAUCCGCGACCCCAAUCCCGUGGUCGUGCUCGAGAACGAGCUGCUGUACGGCGUCACGUUCCCCGUGUCGAAAGAGGCCCAAGACAAGGACUUUACCAUUGAGAUUGGAAAGGCCAAGAUCAUGAAGCAGGGCAAGGACGUGACGCUCGUGGCCUUUUCCCGCAUGGUGGGCGAAGCGCUUGAGGCUGCUGCUGUUUUGGCCAAGGAGGGCAUUGACGCCGAAGUGAUCAACCUCCGCUCGAUCCGUCCGUUCGACCGCCAGGCUAUCAUUGACUCGGUGAAGAAGACCAACCGCAUGGUGUCUAUCGAAGAAGGAUGGGGACAGCACGGCAUUGGCGCCGAGAUCGCCGGUAUCGUCAUGGAGACGGAGGCUUUCGACUACCUGGACGCACCCCUGGAGCGCGUGACGGGAACGGACGUGCCCAUGCCGUACGCUGACAACUUGGAAAAGUUGUGCCUGCCCCAAGUCGAUGACAUUGUGGCCGCGGCCAAGCGCACGGUUGCUCGCAAGCUGUAA